UUUUAUUCCUUUCUCCGCUAUAAAAAGCGAUUUUUCUAUUGUAGCUCGAUUUGCGGGAAAAUCUUGCAUCUGCCUCAGAAAAUUUUCUGGGGAGCUUUCACCAAUUAGUUCUUCUCGUCUCUCUCUCUCUCUUUGGUUAAUGUUUCUACAGAUUCUCUCCUCCUAAUUCAGAGACGACAAAACGCUAUAAACAACAUUUUUACAGGUGAUGAUUUUCUUCGAUUCUGUAUCUUAAAUCUGAGUUUCAAUUUCUGAUUCCUAUCUCCGAUUUGAUCGCCGGAAAGAUUAUUGGUUAUGUGGUUUCGAAUAUGUCAGAUCGAUUCAAUUCGAUUAGAUUAGAUCUCAUAUGGUUCUGAUUUCGUUAGGGAUUUCAUUUGGAUUUUUGUUCGAUUUUUUCGUUGAAUAAUUUGGAGGAGGAAGGAGAAAUGAUAGGUUUAUUAACUGAGAGUAGCAGCAGUCAUAUGGCAGUCAUAUGUCUCCGGUUAAUGCGGAGGUUGAGGAGAUGAGAUCAGAGUCGCCGGUGGUUAAUGAUAAGGCGUUAGAUAUUUCUGAUGAUGAUCAUGAUGAUGAGAAUGAACCGCUUAUUGUUUCUGGUGAAUGUCGUAUUUGUUCUGAUGAGUCUCCUGUUGAGAAUCUUGAGAGCCCUUGUGCUUGCAGUGGCAGCCUAAAGUAUGCUCAUAGAAAAUGUGUUCAGCGUUGGUGCAAUGAAAAGGGAAACAUUAUAUGCGAGAUUUGUCACCAGCCUUAUCAACCUGGAUAUACCGCUCCACCACCUCCACUUCAGCCUGAAGAAACAACUAUUGACAUUGGUGGAGGAUGGACAAUCUCAGGUUUGGAUGUGCAUGAUCCUCGUCUCCUUGCAAUUGCUGAAGCUGAACGUCGGUAUUUAGAGUCUGAAUAUGUGGAAUAUACAGCUUCAAGUGCAAGCGGGGCCGCAUUCUGUCGCUCAGCUGCUCUAAUAUUAAUGGCUCUUCUUCUCUUACGACACGCACUGACCAUAACAGAUGAUACUGAUGGCGAAGAAGACGACCCAUCUUCGAUACUAUCUCUUGUCCUGCUCCGAGCUGCUGGAUUUCUUCUUCCAUGCUAUAUCAUGGCUUGGGCCAUCAGUAUUCUACAGCGCCGAAGACAGAGACAGGAAGCUGCAGCUUUGGCUACACAGUUUGCGUUGGUGCUUCAGUCAGGGCAGCCUAGAACAGUUCACUUCACGGUAUCACCGGGAAUAUCAUCAUCCGCCGUGGCUCAUGCGACUACAUCUACACAACAACAGCAUGACGAUCCUGUCUGAAUUCUGAUCUAAUGUCACAAGCAUGGAGCCAUUACAAGGUACGAUGUAAAUCAAAUGAAGAAUUUGGUGUCCGUAAAUUGUAUGAGUAAAGGAUUGAAAUCAUUUGAAUUCGUGGAAGGUUAGAUCUUUCAUUUUACUUGUAGCCAAAAAUGUCAAAUAGGUUUUGCACAAAUUUGUAAAUUCUGCUUUACUAUUUUUCACACAUUGUCUUGAAACUUGAGUGUAUUUUUUUUUUAAAAAUAAUUCGUCUUUAAGGAAGAACAGAAGAGACCAUUAACUUGAUUUACCAGAAGAAUACAAAAUAC